AUGGAGAAGUUAAACAUCACAGAAUGUAGAAUAGUGGACCAGGGCCUGUGUACUACUGACCCUCCUCUGGUAAGACCUUCACUGGAAAGACAGACAGACAGACCGACAGACCAGUUGAAUAUUGAAGCAAUAAGGCCCGAGGGGGUGUGGUAUAUGGCCAAUUUACCAUAAAUAGAUACCAUGGCUAAGGGCUGUGAACAGCCUGCAUACAACCCUUAGCCGUGGUAUAUUGGCCAUAUACCACAAACCCCAGAGGUGCCUUGUUGCUAUUAUAAACUGGUUACCAACGUAAUUAGAACAGUAAAAAUACAUGUUUUAUCAUACCCGUGGUAUACGGUCUGAUAUACCAUGGCUGUCAGCCAAUCAGCAUUCAGGGCUCAAACCACCCAGUUUAUAAUUCAAAAUAUUUGUUCAGUAUAUAUUGUUUUUACAUUUUAGAGGUUUCCUGAGGACUUUGCACCAGUAAUCUAUGAUCAGGAGGACAUUGGAACAUACCGGUAACUUGGUAUUCUCUUACUUGUUUUUACAUUCAUAGUUUUCCAUUUCUGAAAGGAUAGUAGAUACAUUUAAAUGGAACUUAUUUAACUUCAAGAAUUUGAAGUCUUAUAGAACAGUUUAUGCCAUUUGUCAUUUUAAAAGAAAGACCCACACACUGAUCUUGGCAGUAUCACUUAUUAAAGAUCUAAUGAAACAACUUCCAUAAACAACGUGAUACUGGCAGUGUGCAGGUAUUUAUUUUGCUUUUAAGAUAUCAUUGAAUUAUUCCCACACACCAACAACAAGCAAACUCAGAUGUGUUUUUCCUAUUUUAAAUGCACUGUAUGUCAUACAUUUGUCACACACUACAGGUUCCAGUGCCCCAGUGCAGGUCUGUUCCAGUGCAGUAUAACAGGCCUGGUGUUUAGGAUGGAGGGAGAGGGAGAGGUGCUCUAUAGGACAGUCCCCUGGGACAGGAGGCUUCUAGCCCAGAGUGGCAAGAGACCUGCAGGACCCCUGUUCAAGUUUACAUGCCUUAAUGGGUCUAUCUGUCAACUAUGCCUUCCACACUGUGAGAUCUACCCUGGUAACUACACAAUUAAAAAGACAAGUGAGAGUAGCGUUAUCUAUCUCUUGUUACUUUCUAACCAACAAUGCUAUUUUAUCUUUCUUUCCCAGGCGAUGGAUGUGACUUCCUGUCUGUAGCCCAUGUGACUGAUGACAUAAUUGAAUUUCUCGAUCCUCAUGAGAUAACAGAAACACACAUCAUCAUAAACAUCACUGGAUUCUCUGCUUAUGGCCUCACCAAGGAUAAGGAAGCUCCUGUCUUCCCUAUCAAAGCACUUGUGUUGUUGUUCCACCGACCAUCAGAUGACCCUGAACUGGAGUCUGUACUGUAUGUGUUGCUGCUGCCUCGGAACGUUGUCCUAAUGAAGGUGACUACUGUAAUGCCAUAACUGACAUUUUACUUAGUGUCCUAUCAGUCAUUUUAAAUGACCAUUCUGAAUCCUAGCUUUUGUUAUUGUGAAGAUAUUUUUCUCUCAACAAGAUCAUCUACUCCUCUACUCUAGGUGCAAGAGGAGAGGGCGAGGAGGAAUGGCUUGAGAGAAACCUUCAUUGAAACAACCUCUGACUGUGAACUGACCCCUGAUCAGACUUACAGCCUCUCCACUGAUGGGUAUCAUCAGGUGACACCUAAGGUAGUGAUGGUUAAUAGUUCAACAUCCACUGAAUAACAGGAAAAAGGGCUUGAUUCAAUCAGAUCCGCAUUAGUAUCUGCAUAGCAGUUUCAUUGUUUUUAUUUAGGUGAUGUCGGAGGUGUAAAUGCGUUAGAGCUGUCAAGUCAGCAAACGGCUCCCGUCGUUAUACCUUUCGUGGAUAUUACCAUUAGAUGCACUGAGUGGCGUUAGUAAUAAUCCCAUGUAGCGUUGUUACAAAUUGGAACAGUGGAACGUGUGUUGUAAUCUACACCUUAAUUAGGCUGAUACAGGUGUGUUAUGUUUCACUAUAUUGGAUCACUCCAAUGUAUUGUUAUCACUCCGCGGCGGAGGGAUACAUCCGAGGUGAGGAUUUACAGAUUUGCUCCCGCGGACACCUGUGUCACGGCUGGGGUCCGCCCCUAUAUAUAGACCCCAUGGCCGAGACACACGUUCUCUUUCAUUUUCUCUGCGGAGUCCCCCUGGGUGUUGUCCACAAUGCUCGAGGGGUACCGACUCCAAAUCCAUUGCCGGCCCCAGUCCUUCAGGGGCCUUCGUGUCACCACGGUGGCCGACCCCCUGAAGAAGAAAACCCUGAGGCUUAUUUUGUGGUCCCAAAAAGAGACGGUUUCGACCUAUUCUGGACCUGCCGCCAUGUGGGGUGGAUGGACAGGCCAAUGGGGCGCCAUCCCUUGGUCUCCAGGUUUAUGAAGGGGGUUCGUUGCUUGCGUCCAGCUAGGACCCGGUCAAUGGCGAGCUGGGAUCUGGAUGUGGUCUUGGCAGCUUUGGCAAAGCUGCCUUUUGAACCGUUGGAGUCUGCCUCCCUGAAACACCUCUCUAUGAAGGUGGUUUUCUUGGUAGUGAUUACUUCCAUGAAGAGGGUGGGUGAGCUCCAUUUUUUUUCGGUAAGUUCUGUGUGGUACCGGAUGGACCCCGGUGGGAGGAGUAUAUCUCUACCCCAACCCUUCGUUCCUCCCGAAGGUUCUGUCAGACAGGCAUGUGAACGUCCCUUUUAUCCUGUCUGCUUACGACCCCCCGGCAGUGGCGGGGGAGUCUGGGUCUCCCUCCGGCAUGCUGUGCCCUCUGGGCCUCCCUCCGGCAUGCUGUGCCCUGUGGGCCUCCCUCCGGCAUGCUGUGCCCUGUGGGUCUCCCUCCGGCAUGCUGUGCCCUGUGGGUCUCCCUCCGGCAUGCUGUGCCCUCUGGGCCUCCCUCCGGCAUGCUGUGCCCUCUGGGCCUCCCUCCGGCAUGCUGUGCCCUCUGGGCCUCCCUCCGGCAUGCUGUGCCCUCUGGGCCUCCCUCCGGCAUGCUGUGCCCUCUGGGCCUCCCUCCGGCAUGCUGUGCCCUCUGGGCCUCCCUCCGGCAUGCUGUGCCCUCUGGGCCUCCCUCCGGCAUGCUGUGCCCUCUGGGCCUCCCUCCGGCAUGCUGUGCCCUGUGGGUCUCCCUCCGGCGUGCUGUGCCCUCUGGGCCUCCCUCCGGCGUGCUGUGCCCUGUGGGCCUCCCUCCGGCAUGCUGUGCCCUGUGGGUCUCCCUCCGGCAUGCUGUGCCCUGUGGGUCUCCCUCCGGCAUGCUGUGCCCUCUGGGCCUCCCUCCGGCAUGCUGUGCCCUCUGGGCCUCCCUCCGGCAUGCUGUGCCCUCUGGGCCUCCCUCCGGCAUGCUGUGCCCUCUGGGCCUCCCUCCAGCAUGCUGUGCCCUGUGGGUCUCCCUCCGGCAUGCUGUGCCCUGUGUGGACACUGGCUGCCUAUGUGGAGCGGACACGGUCAGUGAGAACAACAGACCAGCUCUUUGUCUGCUAUGGUGAGAGAGUCCUGGGGGUUGGGCUAUCAAAGCAGAGGCUCUCUCACUGGAUCGUGGACAUGAUUACGACAGCAUACCGCCUGGCUGGCAGGCCAGUGCUGGGAUCUGUGGUGGCACAUUCAACACGAGGUGUGGCUGCGUCCUGGGCUCUACUGAGAGGAGUGCCCCUCGCUGAUAUCUGUGCUGCAGCCAGCUGGGCUUCCUCUUGCACCUCUUGCACCUUUGCUAGGUACUAUCGGGUAAAUGUGGCACCAAUAUAGUGAAACGUAACGAAGGUAACCAUGGUUAUGUGAGCUAUAUGGCGCUAGAGGCGCCUCAAAGAUGAUGUUUGAGAAUGUGUGUCGCGGCCAUGGGGUCUAUAUAUAGGGACGGACCCCAGCCGUGACACACGUGUACACGGGAGUAAAUCUGUAAAUCCUCACCUCGGAUGUAUCCCUCCGCCACAGUGAUACCAAUAUAUAGAGUGAUCCAUAUGGCUCACAUAACCGUGGUUAUAUACGUAACCUUCGGUGACAAUGACAAGAGCAGCCCGCUCAGCGAGUUGAACUCCCACAUAUCGCCUAAAUAAAAAUAAGGAUCUGCUAUGCAGGUGUCGGUUAGCGUGGGUUAGCGCUGGAACUGAUUGAAUCUAGGCCAAAGACUUCAAGAUGAAGUUAAUGUUGUUUAACGCCAAAUGUUGUAUAAUUCCAUAAACUGAUGCCGUCAUGUGUUUGUCCUUUUUUAAAAAUCCAGACCAAAAAGUUUGAUACUGAUAAAGACUACGAAAACUACACCACAACGUUUGAGGUAUCCUUACCUGCCAAAGUAAAAAAAGCUGAACUGACGUUGAAGAAGAAGAAGAAUAUAGCCUGGUCCACAUUAGACCUACUGUCCAGUCUAUUUGUGAAUCGUGAAUAUCCGUGGAAGGGUUUCUACAGAUAUCAAGGUAACAGUUCAGAUAUAACAGUCAACGUUUUGUAAGCACUAAGCAGUUGUGGCAGUAACCGAAAGGUCACUGGUUCUAAUCCCCGAGCCGACUAGGUGAAAAAUCAGUCGAUGUGCCCUUAAGCAAGGCACUUAACCCUAGUUGCUCCUGUAAGUCGCUCUGGAUAAGAGCGUCUGCUAAAUGACUAAAAUGAAAUGUAAAUAUAAUGGAAACUCCCAACUCCCAAGGAGAGAUAGGCCUACCACUGGGAAGAGUAUUAUUACUGAGAUAAUUACUGAUGUCCUGUAUUGUAAGAGCAAUACCAUUGAUGAAUACUAUUUAUCUCAUAUAAACUGAUCAUACUUUUAAUGUUCUUAAUAUAAACACUUGAGGUUAUAGUCCCUUUUUCUCUCUCUGUCCCAGCCCCUCUCCCUGCAGCCACUCCUGCCAGACCCCCUACUUUCCCAGGACGGGACUUCAUUACCAAACACAGGAUUGCUCUAGAAACUCGCCUGGGACUCUUGCAGCCCAUUCUCUUGCAUCUGGAGGAAUGCAAAGUUCUGAAUGCUGAGGAGAAGGAGGAGGUGGACAGCAAAUCCACCAAGACCCUACAGAACCAAGCCCUGCUGGACAUGGUUGUGAGGAAGGGGGCUCGCGCCCAGGAACACUUCUACCAGGUCCUGAAGAAAGUAAAUCCCUACCUGGUCGAAGACCUGGAAGAGCAGACAGUCUGAGACAGGUAGCCAUGGAUACCACCUCACAACCUCAGAAGAUAUAAUAUCACUAUACUAAUAAAUGAUCUGAGAGAGACAGACAGACAGAGGUAGCCAUGGAUACCACCUCACAACCUUUAGAAGAUAUCAAAACAUUUAUCAGCGACAGAGAGCAGUACUUUGAGGAGGAGCCAUCCUGACCAGAGGUGGUUGGUGUGUAACGUGAUUGGACCCCAUUCUCACCAGCACUCCCAUCAGUCUGUAGUUUACUACACAAGCCCCAGGUCUC